AGAAUUCUCAUCCGCAGCGGCCAGACGAUUUCAGACAGCGGGAAUUUCUGUGUGAGGAGAGCAGUUUGAUUUGUGUUGAUUUUUCGACCUUAUCCUUUAAUAACUUUGUUUUGCUGAAUUUCUUGAGAUUUUUGUACUACUCUUAGAAUGUCGCAGGUCUUAGAAAAACUGCGUGAACUAUGCAGAUCCAGAGGAGCCAAUGGUAUCAUCGGACUAUCCAGAGCAUUUCGAUUGAUGGACGAUAACCGUGACCGUAAAUUGGAUACAGAAGAAAUGAAGCUGGGCCUUCAAGAAUAUGGCGCCGACUUGUCAUCGGAAGAAGUCCAAGAGUUGUUCCAGGAGCUUGACAAAGACAGUAGUGGAACUGUUAGUUUCGAGGAAUUCUUGAAAGCAGUUCGACCACCUUUGUCACAAGACCGCUUGGACAUCAUCGAAAAAGCAUUUGCUAAGAUGGACAAAUCCGGCGAUGGUUCAGUCACUUUGGAGGACCUGAAGGGUGUCUACAACGGCAAAGAACAUCCCGACGUCAUAGAUGGCAAAAAGAGCGAAGACGAGGUGUUGCUGGAAUUUCUAUCGAGCUUCGACACGCCCAACAAAACCGACGGAAAGGUUAGUAAACAAGAAUUUAUCGAUUACUAUGCCGGCGUCAGUGCUUCAAUCGAUCUAGAUGAAUAUUUUGUGACGAUGAUGGAAAAAGCGUGGCAGCUCUGAAGAUUUCGUUAGAGAUGUCAUGGAAACCAUAUCAAAUAUUCUGCAAUUUUUUUUUUAUUUAAUGACUCGCUUUCUUCAAUAUAUGAAUACUUGUUUAACAUUCGAAAGAAUUUUCGUGAAUGUUAUAUCAUUUCAUUUAUUCUUAUCAGUAAUUUUAUGUAAAUAAUGGGGUCGUUCCCAAAAUUUUAAAAGUAUUUUUUUUUUCUGAAAGAACAUGCUUGAAAAAACAUAAGAUCUAACUAUUUUUUAAAUAAUUUGUUUAAUAUUUUUAAAAAAUUACUUAAAUCGGUGCGCUUUCAUUGUUUACAUUUCUUGCCGAUGACAUCACAAAUGAUGAAAUGUCAUUCUGUGUUGCCAUUCGCAGAGCAAAAUAUUUAAUUCGCAUCUUUGCUGGCGUGUUUUGGCAACGAUAUGGUUGAUAGCAAGUAUAGAUGAUUUACUAAUUUAGAUAAAAUAGCAAGCAAUUUUAAUUCGCUUCUUGGUUAUCAUAACGUGGAAACGCGGUACAAAGAUGCGCCAAAGAGCAUCAUUUGUGACGUCAUCAAGACCACGCCUUGUUUGAAAAACCGUUCAGUUUAAAAAAGUAAUUAAAAAAUUACUGUUGGGAGAGUGAAAGAAUUUUCUUGGUCCAUGUUAUUUUUUUUUUUUUUUUUUGCUUAUUCUAUCAAUUUCAGUGACUAAAAGUACUACUUUUGACUGAAGGAAACAACCCCUUUGGAAAGAUCUUGAAUUUGUAAUCCUACUUUCUAAGACUUUUUCUGAUAUGUUUAUGUAACUAAUUAGCUUUACAUGAUAACAAUUAAAUUAUUGUAAAAUAAUCAUUAUA